AUGAGUGUGACCCUGUACUCCCUGCACGUGCCAACGAUGAGUAGGCACUAUCUAUGCAUCUGUAUGACCGCUACUAGUAAAACGGAAAAGGCAAUAUGCUACCACGCAGGCCAAUCUUGUGUAUACGGUGUAACUCUCAUUUAUUUUCCACCGCCUACCUUCGAUAAAAUAUCGCCCGCCCCGCAACAGUCUCCACGAAAUGCUAGUAUGUGACGCACCCCACCGAAAUCCACGCGUUACUACCUCAUCCAUCAACGAUGCUCUCACAACUACAUCAGCAAAUUUUUUU